GGUCCCCACCACGUCCUUCUGUUUCCUGAGCUGUCUAGUUCCCCUCCUCAGCAUGCCUUCCUCCCGCGAAAUUAUCAAUAUCCAGGCCGGUCAAGCUGGGAACCAGGUCGGGGAAGCAUUCUGGCAGAUGCUUCUCGCCGAACACGGGCUGGAUAUGGAAGGGAAAUAUAUCGGUUCAGAUCCACUCCAGCUUCAACGCGCUGGUGUAUACUUCGACGAAAUAACCGGCGGUGCGGCACCCAAGUUUGUGCCACGAAGCGUCCAAGUGGAUUUGGAGGGUGGUGUUUGUAAUAGGAUCAAGGGCGGCCCUCUGGGGAGUUUGUUCCGCCCAGAUACGUUUCUCCACGCAGAGGUCGGUGCGGGGAAUAAUUGGGCAAAGGGCUUCUACACAGAAGGUGCCGAAUUGGUGGAAUCAAUUCUUGACAUCGUACGAAGACAAGCUGAGUCAUGCGACGCCCUUCAAGGCUUCCAGAUCCUACACUCGUUGGGAGGCGGGACAGGCGCAGGGCUGGGGACCCUUCUGCUGCAAAAGUUGCGUGAUGAGUUCCCUGACCGAAUGGUCGCCACGUUCUCGAUCCUGCCUUCCCCAAAGGUUUCUGAAACCAUCGUUGAGCCGUAUAACGCCAUGUUGUCGAUGCAUCAGCUUUGCUCUAACGGCGAUCUGAUCAUUUGCGUCGAUAACGAAGCUUUAUACGAUAUCGCAACCAAAACCCUCAAGAUCCCAAGUCCCGCUUUUGAGGAUUUGAACGGGCUGAUCGCUAGAGUUAUGUGUGGAGUCAGUACUAGUCUUCGAUUCCCUGGUCAAUUGAAUGGAGAUCUACGAAAGCUCGGAAUGAAUCUUAUUCCCUUCCCUCGCCUCCAUUUUUUGAUGCCGAGCUAUGCACCAUUCUAUGAUCCCCGUGCAGUGAAGUACGAGAAGAACUCGAUUCCAGAACUCACGAAGGCUCUAUUCGACCGCAAAAACCUUCUCGUGGCUUGCGACCCUCGCUUCGGUCGGUACCUCACGGCCGCAACAAUCUUCCGUGGUAAUAUCUCUUCCAGAGAAGUAAGUCAUGCGUACGCCGUGCAUGAUCUGCAGACCAAAAAUUCACAGCAUUUCGUUGAAUGGAUCCCUGACAACGUAUCGGUGUCGCUGGUCACUGUCCCCCCUGUUGGGCAAACUCAGUCUGCUACGGCCCUAGCCAACUCAACGGCCAUUCAGGAGGUGUUCAGUAGGACACUUGUCAGCUUCUCAGCCAUGUAUAAGCGUCGUGCCUUUUUGCAUUGGUACACCGGCGAAGGCAUGGACAUCAUGGAGUUCUCUGAAGCGGAGAGCAACAUUCAAGACUUGAUCGCCGAGUAUCAGCAGUACCAAGAAGCCACCGUUGACCCAGAAGAGGAGUACGAAGAAGAGGCUGCCGAGGACGCUGGCGAGCAAUAA